ACAUAAAGACUUAAUCCUAUUAGCGCAAAGUUUAGAACCAGUAAAUAAAUUUAAUAAAUUAGAUGAGAUACUAACAGAGAAUAAACUUGAUAAAGAAGAUGAAUUAAUAGAAAAAGAUAAGCAAUCAAAUUAUGAAACAGAUGAUAAUGAACUUAUAGAGGUAUUUCAAGAGUGUGAAGAUGAUAAAGAUAUUAUUGAUAAUGCUAUUGAAGAAUCUU